AUGUAUGAUGCGGACUUUCCCUCCUACCCGGCGCCGGUAGAUGAGAGGUUCCUGUGUGGGGCUUCCCGAACCCACCCCGAUGCUUGGGAUCGCUGCAUUGCAGCCAGCGGGGUGGUGGGUUUGACUUCUCCGAAGGCGCGUCCCUACGUGUGCGGGCCCACAUGA